AUGUCAAGAUCCUCUCGAAUCAAGCAAUUUGACGGGAUCGUCGAUCGAUCGAUUGAUCGAUUGAUUGAUUGAUUGAUUGAUUGAUGGGCAAUGACGGGGCGGAGACGACAAGAGUGGAGCAGGGACUGGCGGGACAACGAGGUGGAGGAGAAGAGGGCGAGGAGGAGGAGGACGACGACGAAGAAGAAGAAGAAGAAGAGGGCGAGGAGGAGGACAAAGAAGAGAUGGAGGAGGAGGAGGGAGGUAGCGGCGAUGGAGAAGAGCGAGGAGGAGGCCUCGACAAUGGCGGAGGAGGAGGAGGAAGAAGAGGAGGAGGAGGUGGAGGGGGAGAAGGAGGACGACGAAGAGGAGGAGGAGGAGGAGGAGGCCAUGGUCAAUGAGGAGGAGGAGGAGGAUGAGGAACGGGAGGAGCGCCCGACGAUGGACGACGAGGAGGAGGUGGAGGAGGAGGGGGCCGCGUGGAGCAGGGACUGGCGGGACAAUAAGGUGGAGGAGGAGGAGGAGGAGCAGGAGGAGGAAGAGGAGGACCAUGAGGAGGAGGAGGAGGAGGAGGAGGAGGAGGAGGAAGAAGAAGAGGAGGAGGUGGAGGAGAAGGAGGACGACGAAGAGGGGGAGGAGGAGGAAGAAGAGGGGGAGGCCUACCUUCUAUUUCAGAAUAUAUAUGCGAUGAAGAUGAAGAGAGGGACUUGGAGCAGGGACUGGCGGGACAACGAGGUGGAGGAGGAGGAGGAGCAAGAGGAGGAAGUGGAGGACCAUGAGGAGGAGGAGGAGGAGGAGGAGGAAGAAGAGGAGAAGGAGGUGGAGGAGGAGAAGGAGGACGACGAAGAGGGGGAGGAGGAGGAAGAAGAGGGGGAGGAGGAGGAAGAAGAGGAGGAGGAGGUGGAGGAGGAGGAGGACGACGACGAAGAGGAGGAGGAGGAGGAGGAGGAGGAGGCCACGGUCAAUGAGGAGGACAAGGAGGAGGAGGAGGAAGAAGAAGAGGAGGAGGAGGAAGAAGAGGAGGAGGGUCCGACGACGGAGGAACUUUCCCGCCAAUUCUCGGAGUGGAGCAGGGACUGGCGGGACAACGAGGUGGAGGAGGAGCAGGAGGAGGAAGAGGAGGACCAUGAGGAGGAGGAGGAAGAAGAAGAGGAGGAGGAGGAGGAAGAAGAGGAGGAGGAGGUGGAGGAGGAGGAGGACGACGAAGAGGGGGAGGAGGAGGAAGAAGAGGCGGAGGCCUACCUUCUUUUUCAGAAUAUCUAUCCGAUGAAGAUGAAGAGAGGGGCCCGAUAGGACUGGCGGGACAACGAGGUGGAGGAGAAGGAGGAGGAGAAGGAGGAGGAAGAGGACCAUGAGGAGGAGGAGGAGAAAGAAGAGGAGGAGGAGGAGGAGGAAGAAGAGGAGGAGGUGGAGGAGGAGAAGGAGGAGGACGAAGAGGGGGAGGAGGAGGAAGAAGAGGAGGAAAAGGAGGACGACGAAGAGGAGGAGGAGGAGGAGGAGGAGGAGGAGGAGGAGGAGGAAGAGGAGGAGGAGGAAGAAGAGAAGGAGGAAGAAGAGGAGGAAGAAGAGAAGGGUCCGACGAUGGAGGAACUGGCUCACCUAGCGUACGGUCUGUACGAGUUUGUGGUGAUGCCUUUUGGCCUUUGCAAUGCUCCUGGCACCUUUCAGCACAUUAUGAAUCGGAUAUUCCAUGACUACUUGGAUAAGUUUGUCAUCGUGUACCCCGAUGACAUACUUAUUUUUAGUAAGACUGUCGAGGAGCACGUAGCACACUUAGACAAAGUUCUCAGUCUCCUGCGACAGCACAAGUUCAAGAUCAACGGUGAAAAGUGCGAGUUUGGCCGCACCCGUAUCUUGUACUUGGGUCAUGAGAUCUCCGCGGAAGGGUUGAAGCCCGAUGACGCGAAGGUGGUCAGCAUUCGUGAUUGGCCACAACCUCAGUCGGUGACUAAGAUGAGAUCUUUCUUAGGAAUGACAGGCUACUACCGGACUUUUGUAAAGAACUAUAGCAUUGUGGCCGCUCCUUUGACUGAUCUGACCCGCCUUGACACCCCGUGGGAGUGGACAGAUGAGUGCGAGGCUGCUUUCAGACAUCUAAAGCAUGCAUUGACGCACUAUGAAGUCUUGAAGCUACCCGAUCCUGAUAAGCCAUUUAUAGUAACCACGGAUGCUAGCCAAUAUGGCAUUGGCGCCGUGCUUGCGCAGCAGGAGGGGCCAAAGUUGAGGCCAGUUGAGUACAUGUCCAAGAAAAUGCCAACUCAGAAGUUGGCUAAGUCUACUUAUGAGAAGGAACUCUAUGCGGUGUACAAGGCUCUCACCCAUUGGAGACACUAUCUCCUUGGACGGUUCUUCAUCCUCCGGACUGAUCAUCAGACCCUGAGAUGGAUGAGAACACAACCGGUACUCUCAGAUGGUCUCAAGCGAUGGAUCGAAGUCAUUGAGCAAUAUGACUUUGACCCUCAGUAUCUCAAAGGGGAAUACAACAAGGUUGCUGAUGCCUUAUCGCGCAGACCGGACUUCUCUCAGCUGUACGUGGAAACUCGUCAAGUAUGCCAAAGAGACAAGCCCCGUACUCAGGCUCCUCUUGGGCUCAAGCCCCUUCCGAUUCCGGAAAGGCCGGGUGAAAGUUUGUCCAUGGACUUCAUGGAUACGCUGGUCACCAGCAAGAGUGGGAUGAGACAGAUCUUUGUCAUCGUGGAUAGGUUUGAAGGGACAGGUCCUGAUGGUCCAUCAUAUGUCAUCCGUAUCUCUGGUCAUCUCAGAACUCACCCUGUCUUUCACGCCUCUAAGCUCGCCGCGUUCGAGGAAACUGAUCAGUUUCCCUCUCGUCGGUCAAUGCUGCCCCCAACCAUGGACAAAGAAGUCGACAUCGAUGAUAUCGUCGACCACAGGGAGAUGCCUGUUCAGAAGCCUCCAGGACGGGGACGUCCUCCAAAGCCAAAGCUACAGUUCCGUGUCCACUUCAGACAUCAUACAGAUCUGAAGGAGGACCGCUGGUUUACUAGGGAGGAAUUGAUGCAGACCGCUCCUCAAAUCGUUGCCCGCUAUGAGAGGGAUGUAUUGAAAGGAAAGCGCCAGAUGGCGGCAGAUUGAUCUUCUCAGAGGACUAACGAAGAUAUGGAGGAGGGAAUGCGAGGCAACACCCGCUUAGCCCCUACGGGCCCUUACGGCCGCCCUAAGUGAAG